AUGGGCCCCAUGAAAGUCAUUAUGAAUAAAGCCAAGGAAGAAAUGAAUAUGCUCGGACCAGAGGAGAAACACUUCUUCUGCGGCGGUGACCGGAGUGUCGCAAUGGCGGCAGAACUGUUGCGGCAAGGCAAGGUGAUUGCAAUACCAACGGAUACAGUAUAUGGUCUGGCCUGCCUGGCUGCCAAUUCGCGAGCUGUCCAGCGGCUGUACGAGAUUAAGCGACGAGACGAGAGGAAGCCGCUCGCAAUCUGCCUGAGCAAUGUCAAGGAGGUAGGUACAUGGGGGAUCCUGGAUGACAUCCCACCCAAUAUGCUGGAGUAUUUACUUCCUGGACCCUACACGAUAUGCUUGCGACGCACGUCUGCCCUGAACCGAACUCUGAACCCAGGCGUCGAUACUGUGGGCAUCCGCGUGCCUGACGACAAGUUUGUGCGCAGCGUCGCCCAGAUUGUUGGUCCGCUUGCGCUCACCAGUGCCAACGUCAGCAGCGAGCCGAGCAGUUUGCACCCAAACGAGUUCCGCGCGUUGUGGCCGGAGCUAGACGGCGUUUUCCACGGCUCCAAGAAUUCCAAAAAGCAGAAGGAUACACGUCGGAUCGGUUCCACUGUG